AUGUCAAAUCUCACGAAACUUGAAUUCAACGCACUUGAUAUCACCGGCAAUAAUUAUUUAACGUGGAUUCUUGAUGCCGAAAUCCACCUUAAUGCUAUGGGUCUUGGAGACACCAUAAAGGAAGGAAAUGUGAAAACUGAGCAAGAAAAGGCAAAAGCCAUGAUAUUCCUUCGACAUCACCUUCAUGAAGGCUUGAAAACUGAAUACUUGACUGUUAAGGAUCCAUUAAACCUUUGGAAUGAUCUAAAAGAGAGAUAUGAUCAUCAAAAAACUGUGAUACUCCCUAAGGCUCGAUAUGAUUGGCUACACUUGCGCUUGCAAGAUUAUAAAAGUGUAAGCGAGUACAAUUCAGCGAUGUUCAAAAUCACUUCUCAACUGAAAUUAUGCGGUGAAAAUGUAACCGAUAAAGAUAUGCUGGAAAAGACUUAUUCCACUUUUCAUGCCAACAAUAUGCUCCUACAGCAGCAAUAUCGUGAACGGGGGUUCACGAAAUAUUCUGAACUUAUUUCUGUCUUGCUUCUUGCUGAGCAAAAUAAUGAACUUUUGAUGAAAAAUCAUCAAGCUCGUCCAACUGGUUCCACACCAUUCCCUGAAGUGAAUGCUGUUACUAAUAAUGAUUUUGGACGUGGACGAGGACGAGGACGUGGUUUUGGACGAGGUCGUGGACAUGCCCGUGGACGUGGUUUUGGGCAUGGUCGAGGUCAUAAAUAUCGAAACUUCUCAAAUUUUAAAAAGAAACCUCACCACCAGAAGUGGACAAAGAAUGAGGAAAAGCCUAGGGGAAAUAUGAUGGGUCAAAGGGUUGAAAGCAUUUGUCAUCGUUGUGGAAUGAAAGGGCAUUGGAGUAAAACAUGUCGUACCUCCAAACACCUUGUUGAUCUCUACCAAGCUUCUUUAAAAGGUGUUGAGACUAAUUUUACUGAGCAACAUGAUCCUCUGGGUCUAUCCCAGCUUGAAACUCACCUUGGUGGAGAUAAUCAAAUUGAUCCACUCAACUUUACUCAUAUGGAAGUGUCUGAUUUCUUUGAAGAUGGCAAUAUGGAGGUGGCCAAAUUUGGUGGUAAUGAUGCCAAUUAA